UCGAUUUGCUCUAAUAAAACAAUUUAAAUAAUAUCAUCGUCAGUGCAGUUACAGUGUCCGCGAAGGUUACACACGAGUUUUGUUUAUUUGUGUAAUUUGAAUUAAGUUCAAGAUUAAUGAACUAAACAAUGCUACAGUUAUUAUUAAUAAUAACAGCACUCGCUGUUCUAUUUUACUACUAUGGUAUCAAACCAAUGUACUAUUGGAGAGAGCGUGGAGUGAAACAAACCAACAAACUGUGGGUAGUUGGAGACAACUGGAGACUGAUUUUGAAAUUAGAAAGUUUUACUGAUAUGGUACAUCGAAUGUAUAAGUCAUUUGAUGGAGUAAGAUAUUUAGGAGCAUAUCAAUUUACUUCACCAGUAUUGAUAAUUAAGGAUCCAGACUUGAUCAAACAAGUUGGAGUCAAGGAUUUUGAAUACUUUAUGGAUCACAGGUCAUUUGUAACAGAAGAAGCUGAUCCAUUAUUUGGAAAGAAUUUGUUUUCGCUUAAAGGUCAAAGAUGGCGAACAAUGAGACCCAUUCUUAGUCCCACAUUCACCAGUAGUAAAAUGAAAAGUAUAUUUUUACUAAUGUCAGAGUGUGCCGAAAAUUUUACUGAUUUCUUUUUAAAAAAGAAUCAGGACAUUGUUGAACUCGAAAUGAAAGAAACUUUCACACGUUAUACCAGCGAUGUAAUUGCUACCACAGCUUUUGGAAUCACAACCAAUUCUUUACUAGACCCAACAAAUGAAUUUUAUAUGAUGGGCAGGGAAGUUACAGAUUUCAGCCCUCUCCGUAAAAGAAUAAAAUUUUUUGGUUUCUUCCUUUUUCCAAAAUUAUUUAGCUUUUUUAAAAUUGGGUUUUUGGAUAAACACCAUGUCGAAUUCUUUACUAAUCUCAUUAAAGGCAAUAUAAGAACGAGAAGAGAGAAAGGCAUCGUACGAUCAGAUAUGAUUAAUAUUUUAAUGGAAGCUCAAAAAGGUUUUCAGCAAAAAGAAGAAAACCUAAUUGACACUGGAUUUGCCACUGUCGAGGAAGCUGAUUUGGGCCAAACAGAAAAAUUUGGAGCAAAAAACCUGACCGAUAUGGAUAUUGUCGCUCAAGCUAUGAUUUUCUUUUUUGCUGGUUUUGAUGGGGUAGCUUCUGUGAUGUGUUUCAUGGCUUAUGAACUAGCUGUAAACACAGAUGUCCAAAACAACUUGAGAAAAGAAAUAGUAGAGACGCUCAAAGAAUGCAAAGGAACUUUAACUUAUGAGGCCCUAUUUAAAAUGAAAUAUUUGGAUAUGGUCCUAUCAGAAACUCUAAGGAAAUGGCCAAUUGGAGUAAUGGCAGACAGAGUGUGCACUAAACCAUAUACCAUUCUGCCUGCAACACCAGAUGAGAAACCUGUACACAUAGAAAAAGGCACUGUUGUUUGGAUUCCAGUUUAUGGCAUUCAUCAUAAUCCGUCAAUAUAUCCCGAUCCAGAACGAUUUGAUCCAGAGAGAUUUAAUGACGAUAAUAAAAAAAAUAUAAAUCCAUAUGUCUACCUUCCAUUUGGAAUCGGUCCAAGAAAUUGUAUCGCCAAUCGAUUUGCGCUUUUAGAAAUUAAAAUUAUAUUUUUCCAUGUUCUUUCCAAGUUUGAAAUAACGCCGAUUAAGACAACUAAAAUUCCUUUAGAGAUAUCAAAGAAACAGAUCAAUUUACUACCCGAAGGAGGCUUUCCUUUGGGUCUUAAAAGAUUAGUGAAAUAAUCAGUGAUAUUCUCAUAAAUUAGUGAGCUCAUUUUAUCAAAGAGGUUUCUAAGAAAUCCUUGCUUUUAAAAUUCAUACAAAAAAAUAUUCAUGGGUGCUUAAUAUAAUAUUUGUAUAAUAAAAUAUUAUUGUUUCCGUAACUUCUCGUUAUAUUAGUUUCUAAGUUAGUUUGUAUUUAUAUUACAAUGUAUUAUAAUGGUAUUU